AACAAAAGUCACACACUGCCUAAAAAAAAAAAGUCACACACUAUCAGAUCAAGUCGUGAUCACUUGUGUUAACCAAAAGCCAACACAUCUAGGGUCACCGCUUGCAAGAACAGAUCCCGUAAGUACAAAAGCAAAGGAAGAAGCGCUCAUUCCUUUUUGGGAAGGUGAAGAUUGCGAGGACAAGGGAGGGGAGAAGCCAAACUCACAGCAGGGAAGAGGAAUCACUAAUCCAUCCAGGGGAAGGAGGAGGAGAUGGAGGAGAGGGGGAAGGUGGUGUGCAUGGCGAAGCUGGCCGAGCAGGCGGAGAGAUACGAUGAUAUGGUGGAUUUUAUGAAGAAGCUUGCUAGGAUGGAUGUGGAUAUGAGUGCUGAAGAGAGGCAUUUAUUUUCAGUCGGUUUUAAGAAUACAAUUGGUGCAAGGAGGGCAUCAUGGAGAAUCCUUUCUUCACUUGAGCAAAAGGUGACAAAGGGUGAGCAGGCUGGCCAGAUGAUAAGUGUCUACAGAAAGAGAGUUGAGGAUGAACUAAGGAUGGUUUGCAAUGAAAUAUUGUCAAUCAUCGCUAUUCAUUGCCUUCCCUUGGCUAAUACGGGUGAAAACGUUGUGUUCUUUUAUAAAAUGAAAGGUGACUACUACCGUUACCUGGCCGAAUUUAGCACUGGAACUGAAAAGAAGUCUGCGGCUGACCAAUCACUCAUGGCCUAUCAGCAUAUGUUGCUGCAGCAUGCCAUGGUUGUCGCCUCCACUGAGCUUUCACCUGCUCAUCCAGUCAGGCUUGGUCUUGCACUCAAUUUCUCAGUGUUCUUUUAUGAGAUAAUGAACUGUCAUCAGAGAGCUUGCCAAGUUGCAAGACAAGCAUUUGAUGAGGCUACUACUGAGAUUAAUUCCGCUGGUAUGGACGGCCACAACGAUAGCACACUAAUGAUGCAGCUUCUGAACGACAACCUAGCAUUGUGGAAGUCAGAACUAACUGAAGGUGAAACCUCGAAGGACAGCGACAUCGAUAUGGAGGGAUAACUGGAAUGUGCUCAAGGCCCCCAAGCAUGCAUGUGUGCAAAUAACAAUAACAUAAUGCAGGGAUCUGGAAUGUGCUUAAAGGCUCCCUAGGACGCAUGUGUACGAAAUAACCAGAACAUAAUGAUAUCAUUGAAAUCACCCCAAAGGGACUUACCUGCUGUGCAACUUGUUAUUUCUGGGGGUCCUCGCUUGGUGUUCUACUAGGCUACUCAUAAUUUGGAUUGGUAAUCAUGUGCCCAGCUUUGCUCAUGUUUUGAGAUCUUGGAGCAGUGACCAUCCAUCUUUGAUGCUUUUGUUUCUAGUUUUCUUCCAUGUGUAUUAAGCGUUGAUGUAGUAUGGCGGACUAUAUGUAACUAGUAGUAUAUCUGCUAUCAGUGACGAAAAACUGCCAUUUUUUAUGACUCUGAAAUGUUUCAGCCAACUAUUAGAUGAGUUUCAAAUCU